AUGCCAGUGGAGGGGCCCUGGACCCAAAGCCAGCUGAGCCUGUGUAGUCACUCGUGGGCACCAGGACACCUGGGUGGACAGAGGCCUGUUAACAACACACAGGCUCAGUGCCAGGAGCGAAGGGCUGCAGACCUGAGUGCCCUGGAGCCACCUCUGGUUCAACCCCACUCUCAGGGCUCCUGGGGCCCCAGCCUUGAGUUUCUCUCCCCGAGGAGUCAUCUCGCCCUCCGCUUGGGGUCUCAGCUCAGGGCCAGAGCAGCUUUAUUGACAGAAGGCAGCCUAGGGGCUGUGCUGUAUGCGCCCCAUGUCUCCUCCUCCCCCACGUCAGCGGCAGAAACUCAGCCCCGGGCUGUGUCCGGCUGUGCCCAGGAAGAGCUGGUGACAGCCGGUGACAAGCUCAUGGUCCCCACGAGGGUCGGACCUGGGUUCUCCAACCUGAGCCAGCGUGGCCGUCCGACCAACACCUCUUACUGA